CUCUUUUCUAAACCGCUCCACCUCUCUCUCUCUCUCUCUCUCGCCAAACCAAAUCCAACAAUUCAAUUUUCAAACAUUUUUUCUCAUUCUUUUCCAUUUUCUCUGUUGGAGAGAAAAAUGGGGCAGGAUUCCGAUUUGAAAUCCCAGCUGGUGACUGAGAUUUGCUCCAUUUCCACGCGUGCCAUUGCCUGCUCCCACAGGCAUGGCAGCGGCAGCAGCAGCCCGGUUCGUUCGUCGUCUUUCGUCGAUUGGUAUCGCCUUCUUAGAGUGGAGGAAAAUGCUGGGGCGGAUGUUAUAAGGAAGAGAUAUCAUGAACUUGCUUUACAACUUCAUCCAGAUAAGAACAAGCACCCAAAAGCUGAAAUUGCAUUCAAGCUUGUUUCUGAGGCAUAUUCAUGUCUCUCAGAUACUGCAAAAAGAAGAGUUUUUGACUUGGAGAGAUGGAGGAAGUUCUGCUUUGAUUGUGGCACAAUCCCCUACACGACAACCCACCACAACUCUCCCAGCACUGCCAAUCCCAGUCCUUCUUCACACCACAAGCAUUACAAUCCCACUAAUCCAAGGCCUUGCAAAGUAAUCAAGGGACUGAAAGAUAUCAGCAGCAGAUUCAGAGAGGAGGCAAGAGUGAUAGAAAACUGCUUGAAGGCCAAUGCAGCUGCAGGAAAACAGUCCUCCUCACUGUUUAGUCCACCUGCUGCUGCUUUUGAUGUGUUUCGUAGCAGGUUCCCAAAAGAAUCACCUGUAUUCAAUCCAUCUGAACAUAAGGUUCAGGGAUACCCUCAUCUUCGGGCUCGAAUAUACGAAAAACCGAUCAAGUUUUGGCAGCUGAGAGCAGGGCAUCAUGUAGUGAAUUAUGAGCAGGGGAGAGCUGGUUAUGAUUCUCCAGUGUUUGAGGUCAGAUCAGAUAGAGGAAUGUUUAAGAGUAGGUCUACUUGUGUUCGUUCAUGACUAGUAGGCAAGUAGAUUGUUACAUUGAUUAAUUGAAAAAAUGAAACGUCUUUUUAUACGAUUAUUCAUGGAUGUCUUGAGAAAGUGACAAGUUUACUUGACAUUAAUCGGAUUUUAUUCCUGAUUUUUAA